AAGUGCUUGAGGAAGGAUGAGUUGACGUUCCGCAUGCCUGGUGGUGAACGAGCAGUAUUUCACGUUGGAUUAUUGGAGUUGCAAAGUUACGACGAGCCGCCGUACCCAGGUGCGAAAUAUACAAUCCUGGAGCACACUGGUUGCCAAUGCUACAAAAAGGGAGAGUUUUAUUCCAAUUUAACUUCUUGCGAGAAGUUUUUGGCUAAAUAUGGUUAA